ACGGCAGAGUGACGUCUGCCGACACAAGUUGGGUGAAGACAUGGCUGCAGGAGGGGGCGGGGGCGAUGCAGUGACAUCACGUCAGCGACUAUAAAGUGCGGGAAUGGAGGCGGCUGCAGCUCACAUCUUCUCAGCAGCAGGGAGGUCUUCUCGCCACGCGUCCGACCUUUCGCCCUAUGGACUAACCGCUCCCGCUCAGGCCGGGUCACGCAAAAGUGUGGGAUUUGUCUUUUUUUCCCCUCACCGCUCGCUUUAGUCGUCUGCCUUUUUUUUUCUUUUUCCCAUCUCCCCUGAGCGAGAUGCAGAUUCACUUGGCGUGCGUGCUCCUGCUGGGCUUCACCUGCGGUGGACUCUGCGCAGGUCAAGACGUGGACCAGGAGCAGCGAGCGAUAGAAGAGGAGCUCCUCAGCAGCUUGUUUGCGUCCAAGCUGCAGCAGAGCCGGCAGAGCGCCCCCUACUGGCGCCUGUCGCUGGACAACCUGUGCGGGCUGCUGAGCGGGCUGCGGCAGGAAGCGUGGAGGAGCGGCGAGGAGGAGGAGGAGGAGGAGGAGGCGGAGGGAGAGGAGCAGCCGAGGGAGCGCGGCGUCCAGAGGCCGGAGGAGCUUUACAGGCUGCAGCACAUCUGCAGAGCGCUGCAGAGCCAGGAGGGCCGGCUUCGCCACGGUUCCCUGGAGUACGCGCCCGAGAACGGCGAGGCUCUGCUGAAGCGGAAGUCCCCCUACAUCCUGAAGAGACAGACGUCUCACAGACCCAAGUCCCGGAGGCCGUACAUCUUGAAACGAAGUGCAAUUUACUGACAUCCACACGCCCUCGGAGGCCUCACGAGGGGGUGAUACCUUCCCUUCUUUCUCCCGCCUCCCUUGCCGAUCUUUUCGCCCUUUUGACCCAAUCCAACCUUUGCCUCGUCGGCCACGCCGCCAUUGCUCCUCUCAAGUGUCGCUAGGUCCUUAAAAUAAAAUGUUCGCAUCACACUGAAGGAGAAGCUAUAUUUAUUUACAACAGAGGUGUCCACACUACGGCCCGCGGGUCAAGAGCGUCUUCAAUUUGGCCCCGCGAGACAGCACAAGUUCAAUAAACAACUUCACUGGGUUAUUUAUAAAUAUCCACUGGUCUGAUUGCUGCCAUUUAAUUGACAUCUGAUAGCCAGCAAAAGUCCAUUAAUUGUAGCACAGCAUUCAAUUAUAUGAACCAAUCCAAACAACCUUCCCUAGUCAUGGUGCAAAAAAACAAAAAAAAAAACACAACCAACACAAAAUGUCAACAGACAUGGUCACACAUAACGUGUUCACUGAACUUUGUGGAUAUUAAACAAAUGUCCAUGCACCAUAAAAAAUACACCCAUUUGAAUCCAUUACAUAGCACAAUUUAAAAAAUGCAUAACACUCUCCAUGUCAUGUCUGUGUGAUCAUGUUUUGUUUCAUUCAUGUUCGGUUUUGUUUUUGGACUUUUUGUUUUGUUUUGUCACCAUAGCAACCAUUAGUUUUCACCUGUCACGUCAUGCACCCGUUUCACGUUUUGAGUCACGCACCUGUUUUCGUUAAUCAUGUCUAUAGUAUUUAAGUUCAUUGUUUUCAGUUUGUCGUUCUGACGACAUCCCCGUAUUCAUACCCCUGUCACACUCUGUCUACCUCUGCGCACU